AUGGCGCAAAGCCAAGCAGGCUCCAAGAAACGCCGACGCGAGCCGUUCAAUGUCGACGUGAGACUGGUUGAGAUAUACGAAGACCUCGCGAGCGAGAAGGAUGAGAUUAGACUGAAAGCAGCUCAAGCACUUGUAUCCCAAUUUACGUCAGAUAAGAAUCCUACCGAGGAACAGAUCAGAAAGGCUUUACAGAGACUCUUUCGUGGGCUGUGCAGUAGUCGGAAAGCCGCUCGAGUCGGAUUUUCUAUUGCUUUGACGGAGAUACUCGCCCAGGUUUUCGUGGCAUCUAGGGAACUCUCUGCUUUGAGCGUCUCGGGUGUUCUGGAUAUCUGGGAGUCACAGUCGAAUGCUUCGGGAAGCGAGUCGGGCCAGGAGCAAAGAGAUCAUCAUUUCGGACGUCUUUUCGGAGCGGAAGCGAUUAUAAAAUCUUUGGUUCUAUUCCAAUCUAGUGUCCCUUUCACGUGCUGGACUAGGCUCCUAGAUCUGGUUUUCGAGCUGGCCAAGAAGAAACCGUGGAUCCGUGAAGAGUGUGGAUGGAUAGUUUAUCGUGGAAUCUAUGAUCUAUCUACAAAGGAUGCCGACUCUAAAUACGUGGAAGCGGCUAUUGAGAAGUUAUGCUCUCACGAAUUGGCGCGGACUCCCGAAGGCAUUUCUAUCUGGGUGGCAGCCAUGGACUUGUUUCCAAAUAUACAUUUCCCGUCCCAUGUUUGGAAACAUAACGAUCCCUUGGAUCCGAGAGAGAGAGGCACUCUGGCGAAACUUAUGAAGGAAUCCUCAGCUUCCGAGGGCGAGGCAAAAAACCAAGGGAAUGACCCGAAGCCAUCGGGCGUCUGGAACUCCAAACUUCACUUCGCUUGGGAUGCUGUCUUGACAAGGGUAUCUGAUGUUACGAAGAAGAAGUCUAAAGAUAAAGCGUCAAAGGCGUCCAGACUCAGUUUUGUGGACUUCUGGACUGAAGUUGUUGAUAACGGCCUUUUUGCAUCUGCCUCGUCCGAGGAACGCAAAUACUGGGGAUUUCUCCUCCUUGUCAAGGUUCUUAACGAGGCUCCUCCGCAACAGGUUUCCCUUGUAUUCACGAAGAACCUUGUGAGGUGUCUCAUGAACCAACUUGCCGUAGAGGACAGAUAUUUGCAUCGCAUGGCAGUCAAGGCCGCAAAGUCAAUCCAGGCCCGCGUAUCAAGAGAGCCUGGGUUUGCCGCGGUAGCCGUGAACGGCUUGAUGGGCCCAUCUGGGUCGAUAACUUUCGACCAGAUUACAAAAACUAAAACAGUGGAGAAGAUUGUAGUUGAGGCAGAUGUGAAUGCCCUGACGGAGAUCAUAACACUGUUUGAAAAGUCCAUUGAGAAUCCCGGGACCACGGACAUCAAGGUCGCGGCGUCAAGCCGCCAGUUCCUCGCUGGGCUCCUAGUUUCCAUUGUCAGGGCACGCUCAUCUACCAGCAAUAACACCCAGGAAGAUUUUCAGGAGAUCCUGGAGAAAAUUAUGUUGAUAUUUGUGCGAUUUGCCUAUUUCACUGGCAAAGGCGAUGAGGGUGAGGGCCAAUCUACCGUCCGGCCAGUCGUGAGCGAACCUACUCAGGAGCUAUUCCGCAACAGGAUGAAUUCCUGCCUCAACAGUAUUAUCACUACCCAGAAGUAUGCAGCCACUGUGCCAUAUGCCGUCGUUCGGAAGAUCCAUGAUGCAGUUAAGUCUGAAGUUUUUGGCAAGUGCAUCAUCCACAUGGAUAACACCGUUCGAGACUCAGUCAAGACUGCCCUUAAGUCCCUGAAGAAACUCUCAAGCAAGGAGAAGAAGGACGGAGGACCCGGCGUUGCAGCUUUCAAGCUUCUCUACUCCCUUACAGUUUUGCAAGUGUAUAACGGUGAUGCUGAUGCCGUGUCUAUGCUGGACGAGUUGGAAUUCUGCCACGCCAAAUUCCUAGGCGACAAAGAUAAAGAGUCCAAGUCAAAGAAAGAAGACACAUCGGAUGCUUCCAACGCAUUGGUGGAGAUCCUAUUGAGUUUUGCAUCGAAACCGUCGCAACUAUUCCGUCGUAUGAGUGAGCAGGUCUUCGGUGCUUUCGCAGACCAAGUCACGGCGGAUGGUUUGGAUUCAUUAGUAUCGAUUCUGGAGGCCAAAGAGAAUCUUGCAGGUCAAGAGGAAAUGUUCGAACAACAAGAUGAUGAAGGAGGUGACGAGGACAUGAUGGACGUCGACGAAGAAGAUAGCGAUGUUGAAGUCGUCGACCAUGACCACGCCGACCAUUCACACGAUGAAGAUGAAGAGGAAGAAAGCAAUACCUCGGACGAUACAGGCUCAAACGACGAAGAGGAUGAUGAAGAAGACGAUGACGAACUGGCCGCGUUCGAGACCAAGCUCGCCGAAGCCCUAGGAACGCAUCGAGCAGACCAGGACCUGAACGCCGAAUCCUCAGACUCUGACGCAGACAUGAACGAUGAUGAAAUGGAGAACCUAGACGGGCAACUCGCCAAAGUCUUCCAAGCCCGCCGCCAAAUCCUGAGUAAGAAAAAGGACAAGAAGGACGCCAAAGAAAACAUGGUGAAUUUCAAAAAUCGCGUUUUGGAUCUACUCGAGAUCUACGUCAAAAAAUGCCACGCCAAGGUCCUCGCUCUCGAUCUACUCCUCCCCUUACUACGACUCACGCGGAAGUCAAGCAUUAAGCAGAUUUCCAACAAAGCCAACUCGGUCCUAAGAGAAUACACCAAACUCUGCAAGGGUUCUGCUGUCCCAAGCCUCGAGUCGACCGAGCCAGUCUGGGAUUUGCUGAAAGAGAUCCACAAGGAGGCAGCGCGGAGCGGUCCUCCAACUCAUUCUUCGGGAUGCAGCCAGGCCAGUCUGCUCAUUGUCAAGGUUCUCGUUGCAAACAACAAGAAGGCUAUAGCUGGUGUUGUCGAUGUCUACGCUUCCACGCGGAAGGAGCAGUUGACAAGCAAGAGAUGCCAUGUCCAGCCGUCCUUUUUCACGGACUGGAAUAACUGGUGCGUUAAUGCGAGCAAGCAGAUGAAGGAUUGA